AUGCCCAUGCCCCCAACUACAACCACUGCAGCCCCCACUACAACCACAACCACUGCAGCCCCCACUACAACCACAACCACUGCAGCCCCCACUACAACCACAACCACUGCAGCCCCCACUACAACCACAACCACUGCAGCCCCCACUACAACCACAACCACUGCAGCCUCCACUACAACCACAACCACUGCAGCCCCAACUACAACCACAACCACUGCAGCCCCCACUACAACCACAACCACUGCAGCCCCAACUACAACCACAACCACUGCAGCCCCCACUACAACCACAACCACUGCAACCCCCACUACAACCACAACCACUGCAGCCCCCACUACAACCACAACCACUGCAACCACCCCAACUACAACCACAACCACUGCAGCCCCAACUACAACCACAACCACUGCAACCCCAACUACAACCACAACCACUGCAACCCCAACUACAACCACAACCACUGCAGCCCCAACUACAACCACAACCACUGCAGCCCCAACUACAACCACAACCACUGCAACCCCAACUACAACCACAACCACUGCAGCCCCAACUACAACCACAACCACUGCAGCCCCCACUACAACCACAACCACUGCAGCCCCAACUACAACCACAACCACUGCAACCCCCACUACAACCACAACCACUGCAGCCCCAACUACAACCACAACCACUGCAGCCCCCACUACAACCACAACCACUGCAGCCCCCACUACAACCACAACCACUGCAGCCCCCACUACAACCACAACCACUGCAGCCCCAACUACAACCACAACCACUGCAGCCCCCACUACAACCACAACCACUGCAGCCCCCACUACAACCACAACCACUGCAGCCCCCACUACAACCACAACCACUGCAGCCCCCACUACAACCACAACCACUGCAGCCCCCACUACAACCACAACCACUGCAGCCCCAACUACAACCACAACCACUGCAGCCCCCACUACAACCACAACCACUGCAGCCCCAACUACAACCACAACCACUGCAGCCCCAACUACAACCACAACCACUGCAGCCCCCACUACAACCACAACCACUGCAACCCCCACUACAACCACAACCACUGCAACCCCAACUACAACCACAACCACUGCAGCCCCCACUACAACCACAACCACUGCAACCCCCACUACAACCACAACCACUGCAACCCCCACUACAACCACAACCACUGCAGCCCCCACUACAACCACAACCACUGCAGCCCCAACUACAACCACAACCACUGCAGCCCCCACUACAACCACAACCACUGCAGCCCCAACUACAACCACAACCACUGCAGCCCCCACUACAACCACAACCACUGCAGCCCCCACUACAACCACAACCACUGCAGCCCCCACUACAACCACAACCACUGCAGCCCCAACUACAACCACAACCACUGCAGCCCCAACUACAACCACAACCACUGCAGCCCCAACUACAACCACCCCCACUACAACCACAACCACUGCAGCCCCCACUACAACCACAACCACUGCAGCCCCCACUACAACCACAACCACUGCAGCCCCCACUACAACCACAACCACUGCAGCCCCAACUACAACCACAACCACUGCAGCCCCAACUACAACCACAACCACUGCAACCCCCACUACAACCACAACCACUGCAGCCCCCACUACAACCACAACACUCCCUACUACAACCACAACCACUGCAGCCCCAACUACAACCACAACCACUGCAGCCCCCACUACAACCACAACCACUGCAGCCCCCACUACAACCACAACCACUGCAGCCCCAACUACAACCACAACCACUGCAGCCCCAACUACAACCACUGCAGCCCCAACUACAACCACAACCACUGCAGCCCCCACUACAACCACAACCACUGCAGCCCCCACUACAACCACAACCACUGCAGCCCCCACUACAACCACAACCACUGCAGCCCCAACUACAACCACAACCACUGCAGCCCCCACUACAACCACAACCACUGCAGCCCCAACUACAACCACAACCACUGCAGCCCCAACUACAACCACAACCACUGCAGCCCCAACUACAACCACAACCACUGCAGCCCCCACUACAACCACAACCACUGCAGCCCCAACUACAACCACAACCACUGCAGCCCCCACUACAACCACAACCACUGCAGCCCCAACUACAACCACAACCACUGCAGCCCCAACUACAACCACAACCACUGCAGCCCCCACUACAACCACAACCACUGCAGCCCCAACUACAACCACAACCACUGCAACCCCAACUACAACCACAACCACUGCAGCCCCCACUACAACCACAACCACUGCCGCUCUAGUUUCAACCACAACCACUGCUGUCCCAACUACAACCACAACCACUGCAACCCCCACUACAACCACAACCACUGCAGCCCCCACUACAACCACAACCACUGCAGCCCCCACUACA